ACAAUGUGAAAUUAAUAAUGGUCAUAAUUAACGUGAGGCUGCGAAAAAGUGUGUUCUCCAGCAUUUCUUUCGCUGAUCAGAGCCUGAGAGUUUUUUCAGAGCAAAAUUUCCGGCAUGGAAGUGGUGGCUUCGAUUGUCAGUGGAGCAGUCGUAGAAACUGGUCGGUUUCUCUGUGGCUCUAUCUAUUCUACGAUCAAGAACAUUGUCAAAGGCCCACAACAGCUUCAUGUUUUGGAGAAGGAGAUGAAAUCCCUUAUAGCUCUUAAAAAUGAUGUACAACAAGAAAUGGCAUUAGCUAAGAGAGAAGGAAAAGCAAUAAAAGAUCAAGCCAUUUUGUGGCUUGAGCAGGUUGAAGAGCUGCAGCGUACCAUCAAUCAGAUUCAAGAAGCAAAGAGUUCCCGAUGUUUCUUAAGUUGCAGUACUAAGCGGUACAGAAUAAGCAGGGAAGUGGUAGAACAUCUCAAAGAGAUAGAAAGGCUUCGAGAAGUGGGAAGCCCACUUGCUCUUUCCGUGGCUCUUGGUUGUCCAGAGUUCAAAGCAGUGGAGCAUAUUCCUGGACCUUCAAUUCAAGAUCAAACAACAUCAGUAUCAGACGAUUUAGCCAAAACUAUGACUCUAUUGUUUGACAAUAGAUUCCAGAGGAUUGGUAUAUGGGGGAUGGGAGGCGUCGGCAAAACUAAUCUGGUGAGAAAUUUGAACAAUAAGCUGCUGCUUGAAAUGAAUUCAAAUCAUAUGCCUUUUAGCUGUGUACUAUGGGUUACAGUGUCCAAAAAUUUGGACACAAAAAAGCUCCAGAUGGGAAUAGCUUCCAGACUGGAUUUUCGUCUGGAUGGAAGUACGGGAGCGGAUAGAAGAGCUAUUCAACUUCAUCGAAGACUAAAGGAGGAAAGUUUUCUUCUCAUUCUCGAUGAUGUUUGGGAGAAAAUUGAUUUGGACAAAUUGGGUGUCCCACGGCCUGAAGAUCAUAGGGGUUGUAAGAUCAUAUUGACAUCUAGAUCUUUGGAUGUAUGUAGGCACAUGGAGACUGAUGUUCAAGUUAAAAUAAGCGUUUUGAGGCAUGAAGACGCUUGGCAACUAUUUAGUCGAUAUGCGAGGGAUGUGGUUACUUUAGAACAUAUCGCACCACUUGCAGAGGCAAUUUGUAGGGAGUGUAAGGGAUUGCCUUUGGCCAUCAUCACCAUGGGAGCUGCAAUGAGAGGAAAGAAGAAUCCUGAGGUAUGGAAGCAUGCUUUGAAUCAAUUGCACAGAUCGGUGCCUUAUGCAGCAGGCGUGGAGGAGGCUCUCUAUAAGCCUUUGAAGUGGAGUUACGACUCAUUAGAAGGUAAAGACUUGAAAACUUGUUUUCUGUACUGCUCUUUGUUUCCAGAGGACUUCUCAAUUAAUAUAGAUGAACUAGUAUGGUACUGGCUGGCGGAAGGUUUGAUAGAUGAACGAGAAGACUAUGAGGUUUUCUAUAGUAGAGGAAUUAGUUUGAUUGAAAAUCUGAAGGACGCCUGUUUGUUGGAAGAUGGUUCCGAUGAGGGCACCGUGAAGAUGCAUGACGUUGUUCGUGAUGUUAGCAUAUGGAUUGCAUCAACCUGCAGCGAGGAUGGAAGUAAAUCCCUCGUUCGUACAGGGAAAGGGUUGAAAGAGAUUGAUGCUACUGAGCUAUCAAAUUCUCUCAAAAGAGUUUCUUUUAUGGAUAACGAUUUAGAAAGACUACCUGAUAAUUCUGUAAUUCGAUGUUCAGAGGCAUCAACUUUUUUACUACAAAAUAAUCCUCGCCUUGAAUUAAUUCCUGAAAUAUUUUUGGAACGAUUUAAAGCACUGAGAGUCUUGAAUUUCAGUCAGACUUGCAUCAAGUCAUUGCCUGAUUCUCUUCUUCAACUGGAUGACCUCCGUGCUCUUCUUUUGAGUAAUUGCAAGGAUCUCGAAGGAUUGCCCCCACUGGAAAGGCUCAGUAGUCUUCAAGUGCUUGAUCUCUCUAGGACUGGUAUCAGAGAAUUGCCAAAAGGGUUAGAGCAACUCAGCAACUUAAGGCAUCUAAACUUACAUUGGACUUUCAAACUGGAAGUGGUUCAAGCAGGAGUCAUAUCCAAGUUGUCCAAAUUAGAAGUUCUGGACCUGUCAGGCGGUAACUACAUUUGGAAAGAGAAAGGAGCGGUACAAGAGGAGGAAGCAUGUUUUGAAGAGCUGCAAUGCCUGGAGCGGUUACAAGUUUUAUCCAUCAGAUUGAAAUGGAACCCGUGUUACACUCCCCAAGAGACAAUUACUUCCUGGAUAAAUGGAUUAAAAGCAUUCGAAAUUAUGGUCGGAGGAUUAGGGUUGCUUUCUCUUUCAGUGCGAGCCCUAUGUCUACUCUCGGAUGCCCAAAAAUGCAUGACUAUAGAGACGAUUGAUCUCUCGGGAGGACAGAUCAGGUGGUUGUUCAGCAAUGCAAGUUAUCUACGCAUAAUAAAUUGUCGAGGACUGAAUAAGAUGCUACAAGACUUGGUCAUUAACAGUGUUGGCAGAAGCUUUACAUAUUUAAAAACGCUUAAGAUUAGUUACUCUAACAGUAGUUUUUGGACUGGAGGACGUGCUUCUGAAGCACUGUAUGACCUACUACCCAAUUUGGAGGAACUUUCUCUGUUAUUUGUGAAUGGCAUUGAAAGCAUUUCAGAACUAGCCAACCUUCUCGGGCUGAGAUUUCAGAAAUUGAAAGCAAUAGAUGUGCGUUCCUGUAGGAAGAUGAAAUAUCUUCUCUCCCUGGAGAACUCCAAUAUUCCCACAAUGCCAAACCUAGAAGUAAUCCAGGUAUUUCGUUGUGACAAUAUGGAAGAGCUCUUCAAUUAUCUUCCAUUGCAGAUCAAUAUGGCUGAUCCAAAUCCUAUUACUCCAAAACUUCGGGAAUUGAAAUUGGACGGCCUUCCCAAAUUAAGGAAUCUUUGUAGGGAGGAAAAGGCCUGGCCGGGUAAUAAAGUGAAGGUUGACGUGAUCAAGUGCGAUCUUCUGAGCACUGAUCAGCAAUGAUCGCACUUGAUCAGCAAUGAUACGAUGGAAACAAGUUGGGGGGAAACGCAUUGGAGAUGCAUGCAUCCACAGGCAAAACUAAAUAAUAUUUUACAUGUUUUUGUUGGAGUGAAGUGUGCAAUAUAUAUAUAUAUAUAUAUAUGUAUAAUUUUCUGGAAGUUUAUAUAUAUGACGUACGUGUGCAUGUCUAUAUAUAUAAAAGAUAAAUUAGAUGUAUUUUGAUGUAUUAAUUUUGUGAGUGACAUUUGAUGUAAUGAUCAGCUUUCUUAUGUAUAAAAAUA